CAAAUGAAAACAGAAACAGCAGAACAGUUUUUGCUUUUCGACGUGCUAGAAACCAAAGAAAACGAUCCACUUAUCCGCUUUGUUUUUUCUGUGGAUCCUCACAUAAUGUCCUUUCGAUGAGGCACCAGCGGAUCCGCACAAGGAGCUUCCGCGUCAAAGACGUACAUCUUCUUUCUCGCUUUCAUUCCUUUGAGGACGACUCAAACUGGUGUUUUCACGAGCACUUCUUUGACUUUCUCUGCCUGUAACAUUCAUUCUGCUUCUUGCUUUCUUCCGCUGUUACGACAUUCUGAAGCAGAUAUCUACUUGUCACAUCACCACAUCUGAAGUAUCGCGAAAGCGCAUAAAAAUCAAAGAACGAUGAAGACGAGAACAACAUGAAACUUUUAUGCUUUCUCGGGCCGCCCGCAUCCGGUAAAGGCAGUUACACGAAGCUUGUGCUCGAAACCCUCAAAAGGGUCGCGGCAAGGAGAGACCCUACCUCGCAGUGGCACCACAGCGGGGCAGCGGAGCACGUUUUGGCGAAAGAUGCAGAAGGCCAAGUUCUUAAGUCGAGCGGUUUCCAACAUCAUCCAAGCGCGAGGCUUUACAGGCACCAUAAUCUUCCUGUCCAACACUUCGAAAAGGUUGUCGCCUCGGACCUUAUCAAGAAGGAGAUGCGUGAGCAAACGGUCUUUGGCAAAGAGAUGCAACCCUACAUGGAACGCCACGAGCACGUAUCAAAUGUAAAAAUGUCUGGGUCUGGAAGAUUUCUAGGUUUGUCAUGCAUAUUUUCCAUGACCCAUGAUGUCUGUGAUGCAUGCCGCAGCAUCACAGAUUUUUAGAGCGCUUUGUGAUGCCUCCACAGCAUCAGAAAUGACCUCUCCGCGUAGCACAAACUGGAGUCCUCUUGCUGGUCAUGCAAUACAAAUUUUCUCAGAAUCCAGAGACAGCAGCACAAGUUGCAAUCUUCCAGACCCAGACAUUUUUGCAUUUGAUAGCACGUUCCCAGUGAGCUGAUGGUGGAGACGCUGUGUGCGCACCUCGAAGAAAUGGCCGCGCAGAGGAGAGGAGGUUCUUCACUUGAGAAAGAUAAAAGUGUCAUCAACCACCUCAACGUUUUGCUCGACGGUUUUCCUAGAUCUGUGGACCAGGCAGAAGCGUUUCUAGCCAAGACGAAGAGGAGGCGACGGCUUGUUUCCGAUCAGGAAUUAGACGGAGAGAUGGACGCCAACCCGCGUGGGGAAUCUCGUCUUUCCCUUCGUUUUCUGCAUCUCGAUCUGAAGCGCGAGUGGGCCCGGGCAAAGGCGGUUGGGCGACUGGUCUGUCCGGAUUGCGAUUUUCCGUACAACGACGCAGAGGUACGAUUGGACGCAGUAGAUACAGCGAGUCAACAAAAUCUUGCUCGCGCGCUUGAAGAGGACAUUUAUGAUUAUGACACUCCCUACACUGACACGCGAGAAGAAAAAGCAAGAAAGCGGGACAAGCAAGAAGAACGGCGCGUGUGGUCUGCCGACUUGCCGCCGGAACCCAAAUGUGGGCGGAAACCUGGAUGCGGCUACCCAAACAGCCUGAUCCGUCGUGACAGUGCGGAGGUGUUUGACCACCGGUAUGAAAUCUAUCUGAAAACCGAAUUUCCGGUGGUGGAGUACUUCACCACGAUGGCUGAGGCAGAGAAGCAGGAACUUGUAAAUCGAAGCCGCAGAAAAAUAGGAGCAGAUGCAACAGAUUUGAAAAAUAUGACCUCUACUGAGAAUUGUCGUGAUAGUAGCACUAGCACGAAAAUCUCUUCCGUGAAAAUGACCGGCGGGUAUCGGACGAUGUGUGAUGCGAUUGUGAAAGAGGUGAUGCAUCUGCUUGAUCUCGACCGUGACGAAAGUUGUAGCAACGAAACGGUUUAUCCUCUGGAAGAAGUGCAGAAAGAAGCCCAUCUUGUGCUUGACGAGUGGGAGCAAUAGCAUAAUUCAGCAGUAUUAGCAGCCUAUGUAGCAAAUAAGUAGUUGUAGAUAUGUAUGUUUUGUAUAAUUCACCACAUGAUCUUAGUUAGUUGUUGUGUAUAAAGAUGUGCUGUUCAUAUCGUCCUCUCCGUCCUCGUGCGCCAGACGUGAUGAAGACCAAAGAAC